AUACUGUGCUCCUGACUGGUCACUCUCCAGUCUCCCGCUCGUCGCCCACUCUCCUUUCCACUCUCUGUCUCAACAUCGGAAGAAACUCUAGCAAGGCCUCAACGGAGUCAUCGCCGACCUCGUCAUCCUCACUUCUCAGUCUCAACAACAGAAGAAACCCUAAAACCCCAGCGAGACCUCAACGCCGACCUCGUCAUCCUCAGCCUGCGGAACGCCGGCCUCCCCCGUCUUCACCCACGGUCUCGGUCGGAGCCGCUGAGCCUGCUCCUUGCUUAGUGUCGUCUCAUCUCGUCCUCAGCCUCGUCCCCUCCUCCUCCUUGCUCAUCAUUUUCUGCCUCAACCCGACAAUCUCCUCUGAGAUGGAGAGUAUACGAGUUGAUAUUGUCAAUACUGAAGACAAAGGAGCUUCAAUGGUUAUGAUUGAUGGGGUCCAAGGAGAUCGCCACUUGACAAAGAUUUCCUUAAGAGAAUAUGAUAAAAACGACAAUGUGGGAGAGUUAGUGGAGGCUCACGGCAUAACCCAUCCGAAUCUCAUCCGCUCGUACGUAUUCAACCUACAAGCUCGGACAGUACUCUGCGAGCCAAACGUAAUUCCUCUCAGUCAGUGGGUUAAACACAAUCAUAGGAUGCUGAAUACGAGUCUACAACGUCCUUAUCAUGGAGCAGUUUUGUACAUUUGUGAUGAUGUAAAGAGGAUCAUAAGGGGAUUGCUGCACCUCCUGAUUUAUAUCCACGAAGAGAAAAGGCUGUAUGCGAGGAAGUUCACCAUGGACAACGUGGUGGUCGUGGAGGGCGAAGCCAAAUUUGCUAAUCUACAGCUGUAUAAGUUGGCUGGUAGUUCAACUCUGCAGGAGCGGGCUAAAACAAAUGAUUUCGAUUGCCUCGGUAAAAUUCUUGGGCAAAUGUUUGGAAAAAGAAGUCUGCCUAGGGAUAUGACAAAGUUCAUAGCUGCAUUGGGGGACCCCCAAAUCAGGAAUCGCUACAAAUUGCUCCAGGUGCAUGUGGCGCUCCAGAAUCUUCAGGAAUACAUGGGAACCAUUGUAGACUUGGUUCAAAAUCGUAAAUAUCUUGACCAAAACGAUGAACAAGCAUAUUUUUCUGUAAUUAAUCGGUUUAAUUAUCCAAAUUGGCAUCAAGCAUUCUCGAGCACAAGUAUGUUGUCUUGGACUUUAAAUUACAAACAGGUGACAUACUCGACGAGCAACCCUUUUAGCCUUUUAAGGUUUUUAAGGAAUGUGGUCACGCAUUUGCCGGAGCAGCUGGUGCAAAAGAAUGUGCAGUUUGUCUCGGAUGAUAUUUCCCUCGCCAUCUUGAACCAUUACCCAGAUUUUGUGGUAGAUGUUCAGCGUAAACUCCAUGACCGUGACGACAGCUUACUUGGCAAGCUGCUCAGAUAUAGCAUUUACAAAUAGAUGCAGAGGUGCAGGGUAAAGGUUGAAGCUAACAUGAAAGAAAGGAGAGGAGAGGCUCAAAGUUCAGGGGGAGGUACUUCUAUGGAUUGAUUCUUACUCAAAUAGCAGCAGGUGCUCCUGCUGAUCAGUUACAGGCAUGCUAUCGGGUAUAUGCAUAAGUAGUAGUGAGAUGUUCCAUCUGCCCUUAACCCGAAGCGAAGCAAAGAAGAGGAAGAGGGGCAGGGGGAAAAGAAAAAUAUGGUUUAUAUAUAUAUAUAUAUCCGAGGACGUACAAAUGUUCAAGCCAACGCGAGAGUAUUUUCUCGCGCUUUUGCUAGUGAUGAUUAAGGACUCCAUUCGAUCAUUUUGUUUACAAAUCUUUUGUCUUUUUGGAUAACAUAUUAUAUUUUUGACAAUGAUGGUUUUAUUGGUUCUUAUCAGCGUCUGA